CUACCGAUAAUUUUUACUAUGUACCCUAACGUAUGCAUUGCAUUGUCGUGGUCAUCACGUGCGUCCAGGUUCGUACUGUGCGUGUGUGGACGGUGUGGACAAACAUUACUGUUCGGUUACCGCUAUUGAAUGGAAUAGGCUCCCUAGUGCGCCGAAAUGAAUGUCUCAGUAAUUAAGCCAGACGCAUUGGUGUACCGAACAACUCUCAAUCGUAAUAUAACGGACCCAAACGUAUGCAGGGCUACAGGACCGUCACCCUGGCAGGGACCUGGCAUGCCGUCUAUGCAGUCAUCAUUCGUUGAGUCGUUGUCAUUCAGGCAUGUGACUGGGUUCCAACCGCUGCCUUUGAAAACAGCGGAAUUGCUCUCUUUUAGCGCUGCGGCCCUUAUAACUGCCUACACGGGUCCUUAUACACCACUCACAGCUCCAUGCCGGAGUGUCACCCAGGCGAAUCCAAAAGAAUUGGUGUGCCAAAAUGGACGAUAUCAUGAUAUAGUGACCAACCGUAAUAUGUACCUUGAAACCGACACCAUCCGAUUCGACGAAUGGGGCGGUACGUUUGACACCACUAUCAUAGUAGCGUACGACUCGGAUUGCACUAUGUCGACAAAGAUGUGUCUGUCUUUCAAUACCUAUGGCUUCACGGGCGGCUACGUCAUCUUUGACGUCCACUUCCACUACCUGUGUUCAGCACCGCCAGCAUUCGUAGAUUCCAAGGGUGACUUUGGCGUUGUGAAGUGGGCAAAAGUUAAUAUGCACAAGAACUACGCCGGGUUACAUUGCGAGAAGCUCUGCUGAUAAGCUCAUGGGCAAAGGAUAAGCUCAUGGGAGUAUUGUUUACAUGGCCGUGAAGCAAUCUGAUGUGAUAUGAUGCAAUAUAUGAUGUUCCAUCCAUGA